UGUUAGGGAGCCUCCAAACGGAGCGUGCUGCCGGAGCCUCUCCCGUUAGGAAGCACUGACUCACUGGGAACCUCUGAGGAUUUCAGCUGAUCCCUUUCUCUCCUUAGACAGCAAGGAGCUCCACUUAAACACGGAAAGAGCACAGCGCGCAGCUACUUGGAGGGUGUUGAUUGGAAACUUCGAUCUCGCCACCCCAUUCGCGGUUGACUCGCCUGCUUUCUCGCCUCGUUCACAGAGAAUAUUUCAAUUAAGGUCUAUUUAGAUGGAAUAUAACACAGCAGCAAUAUCAGAAGGAUUAAUGCCUAUGUGGCCAUUUCUUCAAUAAAACGAAAGCUUGGUGGUUAAGCCCACAGACACCUCAAACCUGGAUUCCAUACGUCUGCCUUAAGUGCUGGAGUUUUAUUAUUCUGUGUAGGAAAGCCUUUGCCAAUGCUUACAAGGAACUGUUUAUCCCUGCUUCUCUGGGUUCUGUUUGAUGGAGGUCUCCUAACACCGCUUCAGCCACAACCACAGAAGACUUUGACCACAGAAAAUGUUAUCCGCCUUCCAGGACGACAAUUACAUUUUCAACGCGUUAAACGUGGCUGGGUAUGGAAUCAGUUUUUUGUGCUGGAAGAAUACAUGGGCUCCGAACCUCAGUAUGUGGGAAAGCUCCAUUCUGACUUGGACAAGGGAGAGGGCACUGUGAAAUACACCCUCUCAGGAGAUGGUGCUGGCACUGUUUUUACCAUCGAUGAAACCACAGGCGAUAUUCAUGCCAUUAGAAGCCUCGAUAGAGAAGAGAAACCCUUCUACACCCUCCGUGCCCAGGCUGUGGACAUCGAAACCAGGAAGCCUCUGGAGCCGGAAUCAGAGUUCAUCAUUAAAGUUCAGGACAUUAAUGACAAUGAACCACGAUUUUUGGAUGGACCGUACGUUGCCAGUGUUCCUGAGAUGUCUCCUGUGGGUGCAUAUGUGCUCCAGGUCAAGGCCACCGAUGCAGAUGACCCCACCUAUGGAAACAGUGCCAGAGUCGUUUACAGCAUCCUUCAGGGACAACCUUAUUUCUCUAUUGAUCCCAAGACAGGUGUUAUUAGAACAGCUUUGCCAAACAUGGACAGAGAAGUCAAGGAGCAAUACCAAGUCCUUAUCCAAGCCAAGGACAUGGGAGGCCAGUUAGGAGGCUUAGCCGGAACCACGGUGGUCAACAUCACCCUCACUGACGUCAAUGACAAUCCUCCUCGCUUCCCCAAAAGCAUCUUCCAUCUCAAAGUGCCUGAGUCUUCCCCCGUUGGCUCAGCGAUCGGAAGAAUAAGAGCCGUGGAUCCCGACUUCGGCCAAAAUGCAGAAAUCGAAUACAAUAUUGUUCCAGGAGAUGGGGGCAAUUUGUUCGACAUCGUCACAGAUGAAGAGACACAAGAAGGAGUCAUCAAACUGAAAAAGCCGUUAGAUUUUGAAACCAAGAAGGCGUACACAUUUAAAGUAGAGGCCUCCAACCAGCACGUGGACCACCGGUUUCACUCCGCAGGCCCGUUCCAUGACACGGCCACGGUGAAGAUCAGCGUGCUGGAUGUGGAUGAGCCUCCGGUCUUCACCAAGCCGCUCUACACCAUGGAGGUGUUCGAGGACACUCCGGUGGGGACCAUCAUCGGGGCGGUCACCGCUCAGGACCUCGACGUGGGCAGCAGCGCUGUCAGGUACUUCACAGAUUGGAAGAGUGAUGGGGACAGCUACUUUACAAUAGAUGAAACUGAAGGAACCAUUGCCACUAAUGAAUUACUAGACCGGGAAAGCACUGCGCAGUAUAAUUUCUCCAUAAUUGCGAGUAAAGUUAGUAACCCAUCAUUAGCCAGCAAAGUCAAUAUAUUGAUUAAUGUCCUAGAUGUCAAUGAAUUUCCUCCAGAAAUAUCUGUACCGUAUGAGACAGCUGUUUGUGAAAAUGCCAAACCAGGACAGAUCAUUCAGAUAGUCAGUGCUGCAGACCGAGAUCUUGCACCUGCUGGCCAGCAGUUCUCCUUCAGAUUAUCACCUGAGGCUGCCAUCAAACCAAAUUUUACAGUCCGUGACUUCAGAAACAACACAGCUGGGAUUGAAACCCGAAGAAACGGAUACAGCCGCGGACAGCAAGAGCUGUAUUUGCUCCCUGUGGUAAUAGAGGACAGCAGUUACCCUGUGCAGAGCAGUACAAGUACAAUGACCAUUCGGGUCUGCAGGUGUGACUCAGAUGGGACCAUCUUAUCCUGCAACGUGGAAGCAAUUUUUCUACCCGUUGGACUGAGCACAGGGGCUCUGAUUGCAAUUCUACUAUGCAUUGUCAUCCUACUAGCCAUCGUGGUGCUGUACGUAGCCUUGAGAAGGCAGAAGAAGAAAGACACCCUGAUGACGUCCAAAGAAGACGUCAGAGACAACGUCAUCCAUUAUGACGACGAGGGGGGCGGCGAGGAGGACACCCAGGCUUUCGACAUCGGCGCCCUGAGGAACCCGAAGGUGAUGGACGAGAACAAGCUCCGCAGGGAUAUCAAACCAGACGCCCUCUGCGUGCCGCGGCAGAGGCCGCCCGUGCAAAACACCGACAUGAGGGAUUUCAUUCGUCAAAGACUGCAGGAGAACGACGGGGACCCGGCGGCGCCGCCCUAUGACUCCUUGGCCACGUACGCCUACGAAGGCAGCGGAUCGGCCGCCGAGUCGCUCAGCUCCAUCGGCUCCGACAGCACCGAGGCCGACCAGGACUACGACUUCCUCUCCGACUGGGGGCCCCGCUUUCAGGUUUUGGCAGACAUGUUUGGCGAAGAAGAAAGCUGUAACUCUGAUAAAGUCACCUAGAGG